AUGGGCAAGGACCUUACUGUCCUGAUUUUAGGGGAAGCUUGUUCCUCCAUUGGGGUGCCAGGACACAGAAGAGCUUUGACUGUGCUGAGCGGGAGGCUGCCCUCCCGUAGGGUCCUUUCGAGCGGCGGGCGCCAGACAUCAGCUAAUGGCCUUCAGUUCAACAAUGAUGUGUCGGGCGGGUGCUGGGGAGGCAGAGGAGAUGUCGACCCCUGCAACCCUUGGAGACUGCCUGAGGCCUUCCACCAGGAAGCAGCCGAGGCGGAACGUGACGCCACGCUCCUACAGCAGCCUCUGAAGUCUGGACUUCUAGACGAGGACACAGGCGGCGAAGGCGUGGUCAAUAGUCCUGUAAAGAAUUCUGACGCUCCCAGCAGCCAAGAUGCUGCAUCCUCUGACCUCCUAGCUCCUGAGGAUGGCCCAGUGCCCAGUGAAGUUGUAAGGCACCGCAGACCUGGUCCACCCAAAAGACUGCUGGGCCGAUGCAGAGCCGACAAGGGGAGCGUCUCAGAAGAGCACCGCCCAGGGCUGUUGGUUACAGAGGGCCACCUAACAAGGAGCCCCAGCGAUUCCUGCCCUCCCAGGAUCUCACUGCUGCGGUUACGGCGGCGCCUGCAGGUGCAGCUGCAGCGACUGCCCCCGUGUGUGGUGCAGUCGCUCAUGCAGAGGGACGAGGAGUCGGAUGACGAGUCUUCGCAGGAGGAGGAGAUGACUGUUGUUAAAGAGGGAGAGCAACAACACAAUCCCAGAAUUGAUCCCCACUAUGUCCUUCAUUCCCAGAAUGCCGUGGAAAACACGUCAACUAACAUCCUCACUGCGCUAACCAACAGACUCCCCCAAAAGGGCCACUUGAAGACCGGGACGCACAGGAUCCGUGUGGACUUUAAGGAGGACUGUGCCAUCCAGAACGUGUGGUUGAUGGGCGGUCUGAGUAUCCUCACCUCUGUCCCCGUCACGCCUCAGCCUGUCUGUCUGCUCUGUGCCAGCAAAGGACACCAUGAGAUGAUCUACUGCCAGGUGUGCUGCGAACCCUUCCACAGCUUCUGCCUCUGGCCCGAAGAGCGCCCCCACGAGGAGAACAAGGAGAACUGGUGCUGCCGCCGCUGCAAGUUUUGCCACGUGUGCGGCCGUAAGAGCAAGAACAACAAGCCUGUGUUGCAGUGCAGGAGGUGUCAGAACUGCUACCACCCCUCCUGUYUGGGACCCACCUACCCAAAGCCCAUCAACUGUAAGAUGCCCUGGGUGUGUAUGACGUGUAUCCGGUGUAAGAGCUGUGGAGUGACCCCAGGGAAGACCUGGGACAUGGCCUGGAACCACGAGCAGGACCUCUGUCCCGACUGCAGCACCCUCCACAGCAAAGGGAACUUCUGCACCAUYUGCUCCAAGUGUUACGAGGAGAAGGACCACAACAGCCAGAUGAUGGAGUGCUCCAGGUGUAGCCACUGGGUACAUUCUAAAUGUGAAGGACUCUCUGAUGACCUGUAUGAGAUCAUGUCCAGCCUGCCAGAGAGCGUAGUAUAUUCCUGUACACGCUGCAGCCAAUCACAGCCCAGAUUCUGGAAGGAGGCGCUGAAGGAAAGGCUGAGGGCGGGGCUAGAGAAUGUGCUGACCAACCUCCUCUCUGACUCCUCCGCCCAGCACCUGAUUACCUGCAGAGAGUGUGAGGAAUCCACGGAACUAAAUGCUUUCAGGGACCAACAGCAGCCCAUCUGUGACCUACAUGCCGUGGGUCAAAAAUGUACAGGUGGCCAGUACACUUCACUGAAAUCAUUCCAUGAGGAUGUUGUCAUGGUGAUGAGGAAGUGGCUAAAGGAGGAGGAGUCUCUCCCUGAGGACCUGAGGCCCACCUGUUUGGCCAGGUCUCACUACCUGAAGUUGCUGGAGGAGACUUUCAGUUGGUUUCAUAGCCAGGAUCAGAAAAUGUGGGACCCAAUCUCCAAAGAUUUCCCAAGUGAUAUGCUCCCUGAGGCAGUUCUUCCACCCUCUAAGGAGCACAGCUAUGCACAGUGGCUGGAGAGGACAUACCAAGUUACCAGGGGCUCAGGRUGCCUCCAGCAGGAGAACAGCAUCCCUUCCCUGUACUCAGUCACCACCCAUCAGUCCCGGGCUCUGGAGAGCCUCCCACUCAAAUCCCAAGGUACACAUUGUGCUCUAACCGGGGCCCUGGAACUCGACUGGACCAAAGAUGAGAGRCAGUGUGCACUCUGCCAACAAUGUGGAGACGCCACACCCAACGACGCAGGCAGGAUGCUGUUCCUGGGGCAGAACGAGUGGGCCCACGUCAACUGCUGCCUGUGGUCCGCUGAGGUGUACGAAGACAACGGAGCUCUACUCCAAGUACACAGUGCUGUCUCCAGGGGGCGCCACAUGCGCUGUGAGCGUUGUGGCCAGGCGGGGGCGACGGUUGGCUGCUGUCUCUCGUCCUGUCAGAGUAACUACCAUUUCAUGUGCGCCCGCGCCCGCAACUGUGUCUUCCAGGAGGACAGGAAGGUCUUCUGCUCCAGGCACCGCGACCUCGUCAGUGAGAAGAUGGUGUCUGGGAAUGGGUUUGAAGUUCUCCGGCGGGUCUACGUGGACUUCGAAGGGAUCAGCCUCCGUAGGAAGUUUCUGACUGGCCUGGAGCCAGAGUCUAUAAAUAUGACCAUUGGUUCACUUCAGAUCAACAGGCUGGGUGUGCUGACUGAACAAUCAGCAAAUGGUGCAAGGUUGUAUCCUGUGGGCUACCAGUGCUCUCGGCUGUACUGGAGCACAGUGGACCCUCGGCGGCGCUGUAAGUACACCUGUAAUGUGACGGAGGUGUACUCUCCACUCCCGGAGAAGCCAGGGGAACCACAUUGGUGGGAGCAGGAGGAGAACCGAACCAUAGCYCACAGCUUCUACAAAGAMAUGGAAAUUCCAGAGGCUGGGAUGAGUCCUCUGCCCAUUCAGGUAUCUCCCAGCACCACUUCAUCCCCSCUGAAACAGGAGCCUGGGGCCAAAACCCCUAGUUACUCACAAACCAGGAGACCAGCAGGAGGAACAUCUCGACCUCUUCCCUCUCCAGGGAGUGCCAUGACCAAAUCCCACCACAUCCUGACUCUCAGGGAUCUGGGCGAUGCCUGCCAGCCGCGUCGCCUGUCUCGGGGCCGCCACUCCGGGGACUCCUCUUCCCCCACCGAUAGCCCCGCGGGACCAAUGAUGCUCCGUUCAGGGGGCACCCUCCACCCCAGGUUCCUACCCUUCAGCUCCCCUCCCAGAACCAGCGAAAACCUCCUGAAUUCCCCUCAGAGAGUACAACCUCGCGCUGGCUCCUCCAGCUGGCGCUCCCCUCUCUUGUCCCCCUCCAGUGUUACCUCCCCUCUAUCUCUGCGGCCUGGCGCCAUCGGCAGCCCACCCUCCAACCUCCCUCUGGCCCUCCGCCACUCCUCCAGGAUCAGGCACUCAUUCAAAAUCACAACUCCAGUGUCCACUGAGGUGCCACAAGACUUCUUAGCGUCAUCCGAGCCAGAGGUGGCAGUGGUGGUGCCCUCAAACGGGAUCACAUUGACAGCAAAUAAUAUGGAGGAAGACACAGACGUCGGCCCCCUGACGUCGGAUCAGGACUUGCCCUUCGCGCCCUUCGACGUGGCGUACGCAGACGUGGCGGUGGCCUCUGUGCUAAACGCCAAGCUGGAGUUUGACGAGGCCUUGCUGAAUGAGACUGUGGCGCUUCACUGUGGAGGUUCCCAGACAGGUGGAGGCGAUAUGGAGGAGGUGGAGGAGGCAUUAGAGGAGGAGACCCAGAGCCAGACUCGGGGUGGGGACAACAUGGAUGCCAACAUGGCUCCAGUAUUCACCAAAGUAAUGGCCACUAAAGAGGUCCUGGAGAACAGUUCCUCAGAYGAAGACAUGGAUCACUACUUGAAGUUAUCUCGUACGUUGCUGGUGUGCAAAGUCUCAAAGGACUCAGGGCAGGCAAGUCUCCCUCUCCCCCCACCAGCUCCUACGUCUCAGUCCAUCUCCCAGCUUGACGGAGCGGAUAACGGCUCUGAGAGUGACUCAAGUGAUUCUACCUGCGAUGAGGAAGAAACUCAGGAAGAGGGGAAGAAUGGGGAAGAUCAGGGGGCUGACAGUCAACCCGUGUUUGAAACCUGUGACCCAAAUAAUGACAUGUCUAUUGAAGAGGAGGUUCUGAUGGAGUCUGAGCAAAUGGARUCCCAGAAAGAGGUUCUUCUGGACCCCAGCAGUGGCCAUUUUGCUUCGGAUGACGACAGCAUCAGAGAGUACCUGGCUAAAAAAGUAGUGCUUGAUGAUAGCGACAGCUCUGGCUCCUCUACAGAUUCUCUCAUUGGAGUGGACGACGAGAUGGGAGACCCAGACUUUGAGCCGGAACCCAAACCCAACCCCAAAUCAAUUCCCGUGAAAACCAUCAUGGAACGCCCUCGUCCUGUGAACAUGAAAACUAUUCCACGUAAACCCACACCAACGCAGAGAAAAAUCAUCAGGGUGUCCCUACCCUCUGGACCUGCUCUGCCUCUGAAUGUAGCCUUCUCUUCGCCACCCAUCGCUGUUCGAACCAUUCCAAGGACAGUCACCUCCACCGCCUCCCCGACCCCAUUUGUAAUGAAUKGCAUGAACUCUAUAGCCUUACAGACAGGGGCCACUACGGGGAGAGCUAUCGCUAUCCGCCUUGCCACACCAAGACAAGCAGCUCAGCAGCAGCUGAMUGCCACUAUUCAGUCUGCCUCCAACUCACCCAUGUCUCCACAGGUUCUGCUAGUCAACCGUCAAGGUCAGAUUCUGAUGAAAGAUCCAAAGACUAACACCUUCCAGACUGUCAGCACCAGCUCCCCUUCCUACAGCCGCAUCAGCCAGAUAGCCAAGAUUAUCCACAACAGUGGUGCACUGCCCCGCGCGAUUCCCCAGAUGGUGGUCGUACCCGCUACAUCUACACCCUCGCCACGGACAGCCAUCUUCCAUAGUUCAAAUCUCAUCACCAGUAACAGAAACACCACCACACCAACCACCACCAAUCUCCUGAUCAGGACCCCACAGAGUUUGCAUGAUGGGCGAGUGCUGGUCCGAGCCAUGCCCAUGACGCAUGGAGCGAAACAAGUGAGGGUCAAGUGCGUCUCUGUGCCCAGCUCUCCAGUGAUGACAGGCAACCAUGCCCAAGCUAUCUUAGACAGAGCCAUGGCUACUCAUCGCGAGCCCUCUCGGAUACGGCCUAAUAUCCUCAGGGUGAGCGCGUCCCAGCUGAGCCCAUCCCACAUCCAGGUCCACCCGUUCCUCAACAAGCUUCAGUCCCCUCUAGACAUUUCAGACACACCUGGUCAGAUGCUCCGCCACGAGCCGGCCACCGUACCCGAGUCUCAGGUCCGUGUCAAAAGAGUGUCCUUUGUCGCAGAGCGUCCCGGCAAGAAGAAAUGUAAAACUGAUUUCCUCCCGCAGUCACCCUCURGUGACCUUGAUGACCUAGAUGGCAGCAGAAAUUGUGGCGUUAGAACUAAAGCCCCAACAAUGAAAGAUGUGCUGGAUCUGGACCAGGAGAAAGUUGAGCCCAAGGUCAUCCUACCAACAGAACCUGAGAAGAUCAGACCACCUCCCAUACCUCAGAUGSCACGUCAGCCCAACCGCACUCUACGUCCACCCAGCAGCAGCACCACUCAGAGUAGCAGUAACAUCCAUGGGAAAACCCACGUCUGGGUCAGUGCCCGCCAUGGAGAUCUCUCUGACUGGGGCCCCUACUCAGGUUUCAGCUCUGACGAGGACACGUUGCCACCUAAACAGGACAAGACCAGGUUUGCCCACAGGAACCAGCCCCACCUGCGCUUUGAGAUCACCAGCGACGACGGCUUCCAUGUACAGGCAGACAACAUAGAGGUGGCGUGGCGAGCGGUGAUCGACGGCGUCCUGGAGGCCCGAGCAGGGUUCCAUCUGAAGGCGUUGCCCCUGGGCGGGGUGAUCGGGGCACGGGUUCUGGGCCUGCUCCACGACGCUGUCAUCUUCCUACUGGAGCAGUUGCAGGGUGCCGCCAGCUGUAAACAACACCGCUUCCGCUUCCACCGCUCCGACACCCCUGACGACGAGCUGCCCAUCAACCCCAGCGGUUGCGCCCGCGCUGAGGUCUACUCGCGGAAGUCAACCUUCGACAUGUUCAACUUCUUGGCGUCUCAACACAGACAGCUGCCUGACAUCAUGUCGACGCCAUGUGACGAGGAGGACGAUGACGUCCUACUGAAAUCCACCAGACGAGCCACCAGCACAGAGCUUCCCAUGGCCAUGCGCUUCAGGCACCUGGAGAAGACCUCAAAGGAAGCAGUGGGGGUUUACAGGUCUGAAAUUCACGGACGUGGUCUGUUCUGCAAGAGGAACAUUGAGGCAGGGGAGAUGGUGAUCGAGUACGCAGGCAAUGUCAUCCGUGCGGUUCUCACAGACAAGAGGGAGAAAUACUAUGACAGCAAGGGCAUCGGCUGUUACAUGUUCCGCAUUGAUGACUUUGAUGUAGUUGACGCCACCAUGCACGGCAAUGCCGCCCGUUUCAUCAACCACUCAUGCGAGCCCAACUGCUACUCGCGCGUCAUCCUCGUCGACAGCCACAAGCACAUCGUCAUCUUYGCCMUGCGUAAGAUCUACCGCGGCGAGGAGCUCACCUACGACUACAAGUUCCCCAUCGAGGACGACAGCAGCAAGCUGCGUUGCAACUGUGCCACCAGGCGCUGCCGCCGCUUCCUCAACUAGAAGACCAACCUAAACAGACACCACGUUGGAGUACUUGAAUUCUUAGAGGGAGACUGGGAGAUGCAAUGAUGUGGUCAUAAGGGUGGCGUUACCGAUAAGUACUGAUAAAUUGGACACUCCUCCGUAGAUAGUUUAAUUUAAAGACGGACUGAUAUGACGCUUUUUAAUUUAAAGACAGACUGAUGGACAUUUUGUGGAUAUCCCAGAGCAGGUUUUCCUAAACUCGAUGUCUACCGCUACAGGCAUCUAUUCUAGGCCUUCAAAGAAACCCAGUUGGUUCAGGCCUCAGUACUUUAGGCCACUGGUGACAUUACACCAUCUCAUGGGCCACUCGCUUGGUUUGUCUACGUUCUUGAAUCAGUUGCCAAUGGCCUCUGCUGAAAAURAAGGUAAAUAUUCCACAGUUGUGGUGCUUAUCACUUAGACCAGAGAUGGGGUUGAUUAUGUACUUAAUUUCAGUUUGUCAUCAUUCAGAUUACUCUGUUUUUAAGAGGAAUUCCAUGUUAUUGURCUGUAGCUAUGACAAUACAAGGCUACACUCUAGUCAAACUAUUUUAGCACCUUAUUUUCAAUGGCCAUAAGUGUGAGAGUUGCUGUAUAUAAAAUAAAAAAAGCCUGUUGURUUUUUUUAUUUUUUUUCGUUGACCCUAGCCACCUCCAGUAUACAUUUUAGAGCAGCUAUAUUUUAAUUGCCCAUGUCGAUAUUAUGGAGACCGUUAUAACAGAAUGUGUCCCAAAUGACACCCUGUUCCAUACAUAGUGCACUACUUUAGAACAGGGCCAAUAGGGAAUGGGGUGACAUUUUGGACAUGGCCAGAGACUCUUAUGAGCAGGUUCAGGUUGUUGUUCCUUUUGUUGUACUUMUAUGAAGGUGCUGUUCAACUAAAAGAUACUUUCACUUAUGGUUUUAAUAAAGGUAAACUCAGCGAAGUGCCGUUGCUACGAUCACCACCGCAGAUAUUGAGAUGAGCGAGAUGCAGGACUUCGAUUUCACACAGUCACACACCGUAUGUGCGUAACGGGUUAGAUUCACGCUGUUACAGCGUGGUAGCCAGGGCACGAAAACAGCGGAGACGUUGAGCCUCGCGCUUCAACGCUCUUAGUUGGAAAUUGACCCACUAUGCUGUUUACUUUCUGCAACUCCGUCAUAUCGCUGAGUCUACCUUUUAAACUGGUUCUCCACUAAUUUCUCCCCUGUACUUGAAAUUAGAAUUUAAUUACUGUGAAAACAUCUUGUUGCACCCUUCUAGAAAGAAAUAAUGAAAGAUGUUUUUAGUCUGCCAGGGAUACUUUUUUUCACUAUUGUUUUUGUGCCGUUUUGUUCUUGAUUAUCCAGACUUUAAUACUGAUACUGAUAAAAACUGCUUUGAUAAGUCAACUCCCUCCCUAACAUUUUACAACCCAAUUUGUAUAUGUAUUCAUGUAUAUUGGUAUACAURUAUAAUCAAAAUGCUAAUGAAAAAAAAAAGUGAUGUUGUCAAAUAUUAACCUGGUUUAUAUUUGGUACUGAACACCCACUAAUUUUAAACGGGCAUAAAGAUUACAGUUAAAUACCUGGUCGUAGCCUAUACUCAAAUUGUCGUCCUUUAUCUUUAUCUGUGUGGCCCUCUUCUACUUACCUAACAGUGACCAAUCCUCUCCCCUGUCUCUCACAGGUGUAUUACCUCAGUGGCUCACCAUGACAUAAACAAGAGAAGAUAAUGUUUGGGCUCUGUUACAAUAACUAGUUCAGCCAGUGCUUGAGGUAUUGGAACUCUUUUUUUCCUGUUCUGGCCCAAGUCAAGCACUGACUGUAGUAAACCACGUAGAAUGCAUGGCCAAUAGAUUGUUUCAUUCUAAGUGGUAUGCUCGUAUGGAUAUUGUAACUUGCUCUUGGUUUCCAACUCAUGCUGUGCAACCCCAUUUUAGGGCACUGAGCCGGCAGUGCAUGCAGCAAAGGACACAAUCUACAUGUUUCGGGUUUGGAGGGGUCUCUGCCCCAGAGUACUGAAUAAAUGCAGUGUGUUGCCGUAGGACUGUUUAUUUCACUGCGUGUUGAAUGAACAUUGUUCUGUAAAGCGAACUUUGUCUGUACAUAGUUGUAUAAAAAAAUUCUAAACCUGUAUUUUUUUCUAAGCACUUUUUUUAUUUAUGAUAUACUUGGCUUAAUAAAGAUGUUGAAAUGUUUGAAGAAA